AUGGCAGAGAUCUGCUGCGUAAAGGAGAUCCAAGAAGAAGACGUAGAGAAGAUCCGAAUAUCGACCCGACCCGAUCAAGAAGAUCCAACGGUCAACGAAGAGGACGGUUGCAAGACUCCAACAUCGUCCGAUCACAAGAUACCGGCGGCGAAAUAUACGUUAUGUCCACCGGCUCCAAGAAAACCGAAACCAAACCGGGUUUCCGGUACGAAACGAAAAUUAACGCCGGUUAAUGUUGUGAACCGUAUUCCUAUUGAUCUAAGCCGUGAGAUCGAGAGGUUCUUUGAGGAUUUGGACCGUAGGAUCAAGAAAUCGCGGAAACAAUAA